CAAGUGACAGCUCAACGAAGUGGCUUAUCACGUGCAAAAUGAUUUUGCGUUGCAACGUCCGGAGAUGAACUCACUCCGGUCGGAAAAAGGAAUCUUCACGAGCAGCCUCCCACAGGGAAGUCUAUCAGUGGAACGGCACACACGAAGCAACACCACACCGAGAAGGAGGGAGAGUAACGCACAACUUCUCCUUACACACUGUCGCCACUUUCUGCUCUGUUGCACCGCUCGUGUAAAUAGCCUGAAGGUUAUACCAGCUCAGCUGAUAUUGUGUUAGCAUCUGCAACAAGAACAACCACAGCAACAACAACAUCAACAUUCGCGCCGGUUAUUUGUGUUUUGUGUUUUUUUUUUUGUGAGCAAGGCACGAGCCAGGCUAGGUGGACCGAUCGUCUGUUUGAACGUUCUCCGCUUGGCGAGUAAAAGUGGCCUCAUCAGAGAUGUCGGCGAUGGAGCUCAAGGCCCUGCUUAGGGGUCCCCACACCUUGGACCACUUAGAGAAGCAACUCAUCUGCCCCAUCUGCCUGGAGAUCUUCUCCAAGCCUGUGGUCAUCCUGCCCUGCCAGCACAACCUCUGCCGCAAGUGCUGCAAUGACAUCUUUCAGGCGGCCAACCCGUACCUCCAGGGCCGCACGACGUCCGUGGGCUCGGCAGGGCGCUUCCGCUGCCCGUCGUGCCGCCACGAGGUGGUCCUGGACCGCCACGGCGUCUACGGCCUCCAGCGCAACCUCCUCGUCGAGAACAUCAUCGACAUCUACCAGCAGGAGUCCACCACGCGCCCCAUGAAGAACCUGGAGGAGCACCACCCCAUGUGCGUGGAGCACGAGGACGAGAAGAUCAACAUCUACUGCGUGUCGUGCGAGGCGCCCACGUGCUCACUCUGCAAGGUGUUCGGGGCCCACAGGAACUGCGAGGUCGCGCCCUUGGCCACCGUCUACAAAAAGCAAAAGGUUGAGCUCAGUGACGGCAUCGCCCUGCUGGUGGUGGGGAACGACCGCAUGCAGCUCGUCAUCUCUCGCCUCGAGGAGAUGUGCAGAAACGUGGAGGAGAACGGGCGCAGCAUGAGGCAGGCGCUGUGCGGAAGCUUCGACGCGCUGUACGCCGCGCUGGAGGAGCGCAAGCGCGAGAUGCUGCAGAUCAUUGGCCACGAGACGGACAGCAAGACGCAGCGUGUGCGGACGCUGGCCGCGCAGUGCUCCCAGCACCUCGAGCGCUCCUCCAAGCUCGUCGAGAGUGCCCUGCACUCUAUGGACGAGCCCGAGAUGGCCGUGUUCUUGCAGAAUGCAAAACCUCUCCUGAAAACAAUCCUGGAGACGUCGGAGGAGGCCGACGUGCAGGAGAUGGAGGGCGGAUUCUCCAGCAUGGAUCACUUCUCCUGCGACUUCACCCAAGUGGAGGAGAAGCUCCGAGGACUCGACUUCAAUCCGGGGGCAGAGCUGGCGCAAGCCUCAGGCGAGGACCCGGCGGAGGCCGAGUGGCUGGCCAAUGAGCAGGCUCAGUGGGCGGAGCAAGAGGCGGAGCUCGGGCAGGACGUCCAAUCAGAAUGGAGGUCGCCUCGGCCGGACCAGAAAGAGGAGGAGCCACAGACGCAGGCGCAGCCGUCGCCGCCAGAGGGCCCCCGCGAGGAGACGCUGGGAGCCACGGCCGAGGCAGCAGGGAGCGCCCAUGGGGGACAUGAGGGUGACAGGCAGCCCGAGGCUCAGUUCUGGUCGUGCGGGGAGGAGGAGGAAGCGGCAGAGGACCCGGUGCCGCAAGUGACCAGGGCCUGGGGGCCCGGGGACGCGCGGCCCCGUCCGCCGGAGCCCCGUGUCGACAGCGCCCCCGAGUCGGCCCUGCCCACAGGUGUAGAUAUGUCCGAGUUUGAGUUUUGAAGUGAAGAAAGCUGCCAAGGAAAAUGCAAGGGAAUUAUAAUGUGACGUCAAAGGAGCCGCGAUUGUCACAAGAGCCUUGGACGCCGAACGUCAAUCACCUCAUCCUGCUUUUGAUUUUAGAGUUCGUGUUUAACCGUUUUGUUAUCAUAUCUGCUUGGCAAUCUGUUGAUCCACUGGGGGGGGGAAGUCUUUACAAAUGGCCUACCGAAGUUUCAGCUUCAACUUUGGAUUUCAUGCAGAGCACAAUGAAUGUUUGGCCUUGGAUAAGCACGAAUGGUGGUGUAGAAAUGUGCACGUGAUGAUAAUCUGCGUUGACGGCAACCAGGGUCGCCAACUUUUACACAGUAGACCAAACCCAGACACAGCUCUCAGUCUGCCAAGGUCCAUCGUCAAAACUGUUGCAAUUUACUGCAAUGAGGUUCUAUACGAUUUCGAUUUAAAGCUUUCGUGACUGCAGGGAUUCAUCUUCUUGGUUCCAUCGGUAAAGUCACGUAGAAGAGAAGUAAUAAAAUAAAACAUAAUAAAUAAUUAUUUUGUUAUGUUUUAUUUUUAUUAUUUUAUUACUUCCGUUCUAUACGAUGUCACCAGAUCUCGGUGCAGCAUAAAAUCCUGCCAACCGACACAACCACUUGCCAGACUGUCAAGUCUGUACAGGUGUUAACCCGAAUGGCAACAGCAUGUCCAUGUAAAUUAUUACAUACGACGCCCUUUGCUUGUGUUACACUACACAGGGUCGAUGGCUUCAAUUCUCACCCGAUAUGUUCCGGAACACUGCUAGGCUGACUUAGAGCAUGAACUAUCGGAGUAAAGGAACUACCACUAGAUUACAAGGUAUGGCACAUACAAAAUAAUCCUAUAUUAUUGCACCCCAUAUUCAGAAGGCGAUUAGGUUUAUACCUUUCCAGGCUCAAAUAAAAGUAACACAACUCUGUAGAAAGUCAACAGUGGUCAUUCAUACCAAAUGUCUGUCCCCCUGCCAUGAGAAUGUGGAAUUUCCACCAUUGGCUCGAGGUUGGCAAUGGAGAUAAGUACUCCCCCAUUGCUUGUUUGGGCAAAUACAUUUGAACAUGUUAAGUGUAACCAUGUGUGGUAGCGCACACCUGUGAAGAAGUCGGUUUGAUUGAUGAGUCAGCACUCGCUGAUUCACUAAAGUCACCCGUUUAUCGGCAAUAGUCGCCUCCUUGUCACUCUACUAUCGAUACUGCCGUGGUCACAGUUCCCAUCAACUUCACGCAUUGAUUCCUCGCCACCGUUUUGUGUUCAACCAGCACACUGCAAGUCACCAACUUAUCCACUCGCCACACUGCAGGUCACAACAACUCACCCACUCACCACACUGCAGGUCACAGAAACGCACCCACUCACCACACUACAGGUCACAACAACUCACCCACUCUCUCGCCACACUGUAGGUCACAACAACUUACUCACUCACCACACUGCAGGUCACAACAACUCACCCAUUAACCCACUCACCACACUGCAGGCCACAAAAACUCGUCCACUCACCACACUGCAGGUCACAAAGCUUGUCUUUCAGCUUCUUCCCUCGAACUGCUCCACUUUGGAAUUCCCUUCCGUAGACUCUUUUCCCAAAUUCUCACAAGCUUGCUCAAUAAAUAAAUAAUCCAGCAUCUUGGAGUUGGAUUGUAUUAUAACAUGUCGAGAUGGGUCCUGAAAAGUGCAACAGUCACAGCUAAACACUGCUGGCAACUUAAAAUCAGUCUUAUGUGUUCGCCGAUGAAUCGUGCCGGAGUGAUAUGUUUAUCAUGUAUUUGAGUGCCGUGUUUAGAUAAGUUGUAUUUCCCCUGCUCAUUCCCAUUCAGAACAUGUGUUUUUCUUAUUAGGCGUUAAAAACACAAACGCACACGGACCUGCGUGUGUCAAUCAACUGACACAGCAUGACGGAGGCCUUCAUCCAGCGGUAGAUUGGCGAUAGCUGGACAUUAUUAUCGUAAUAAUAUGAAACACGAAACGGCUAACAACAGCGGCAACAACCAUAGUUCGCUUAAAAUAUUCCAAACACAACGUCAUCUUCCAUCCAGAGUUCUUCUUCUCCAAACGUGUAGAGAUAUGCCGAGCUCGUUCAGUGCUGUGCUGCACGAAGCGAAUCCGCGAGGGGUCCCGCGCAAGUUGCACGAGUGAAGGGAACUGCGGGGCUGUUGUGCUCACGACACUUGUCAAGAAGCGUGACACGUGGUGGACUUUGGUCAUCACCCACGGGCUUCAUUUCUCGUGGCAUGAUUUCUGGAGGCUAAACUAUGAAACGAUAUUUUAUUUUCAUCAUGGUAAGGCCCUCUGAGCUAUCUAGUUUAUUUUUUUCAGAAGUGCCCUGGCUAUCACAAACGAUAGCUCAACGAAGUGGCUUAUUACGUGGACAUUUAUUGAAGUCAAAUUAUCUAAACGCGUGUUGUUUCUAAAUGUGGAGGGGAGGGGGGGGGGAAACUGGGGGUACCGGAGAAAAAUCCACGCCACCACGGUGGGAGAGAGACACGCAAACUCCUAAUAUACAUAUUCCUAAUAUACAGCAGCAGGCGUCAGGGUCGGGAUCGAACUCACGACCUCCUGCAUGCCAGGUGAAAUAGUUAACAUCUCACCACGGAGAGAGAGAGAGACACACAAUUGAACUCACGACCUCCUGUAUACCAGGCGAGGCAGUUGACAUCCUGGCCACCGUGGCGACCCCCCUAAAGCCCCCAAACCGUCUGGACCCCCGUUCCGACCCCCCUCCACCCCACCCCGGAGUUGAGCUGUAGACAGCUCCAGCUGAAAUGUCGCCCUGGUCAUCACAGUUUGGCAGACCCCCAGCUUGAGUCGGAUGUAGACUACUGGUUAAGAGAAAGGGAUGUUUCAAUUGUUUUUUUAUCCGAGCGUGACGAGGUGGCGAGAACGAUGUGUCGGAGAGAAAAAGAGGAAAAUUGUGGAAUCUAUUUUAAGAGUUGAAUGGAAGAGGCGGAGGUACAAGAAAGUGCCUUGAAAUGUAAAGCAAUGAGAUUCAUGUAAAAAAAAGAGCAAAAAUAAUUGGGCAUUAAUAAUAGCCAGAUCUCAUCACUGUGUUACGAUUCGUCAUGCAAAAAUACGUAAAAUUAAUUAUAAUAACGAGUUUCCAAAUUGUUGACGUAGUUGCUUGUGCCUAUUGGCGAUCAAGUAAUUUGUGUGGGUUUUUUCUUCCGUGCGUGUUUAUGUGCUGCAGCUGAAAUAAAACUAUGACAUCGCAAGUCCUUAAAA